CCCCUCACACACUCCACAAACAAACUUCUAAUCUCCAAACCCCAAAACCUUUUUGCAAUUAAGAUCAUGACCGGAAAGAGAGCCCAUCCCGGCAGCCCGACCGGGAGCCCAUUAUCCGGCAACUCGCCGCCGGACACCGGUUCGUCGAAGGAGCUGGACCGGUUCCUCCCCAUAGCGAACGUGAGCCGGAUCAUGAAGAAAGCCCUCCCGGCCAACGCGAAGAUAUCGAAGGAAGCCAAAGAGACGGUCCAGGAAUGCGUGUCGGAGUUCAUAAGCUUCAUCACCGGCGAGGCCUCCGACAAGUGCCAGCGGGAGAAGCGCAAGACGAUCAACGGCGACGAUCUGCUGUGGGCGAUGACCACGCUAGGGUUCGAGAACUACGUCGCCUCCUUGAAGGCGUACCUCAACAAGUACAGAGAAACGGAGGGGGAGAAGAACUCCAUGGCCAGAAUCGACGCCAAUAAUACUGAAAACUCGCCGACUUCUUCUAAUUCUAACAAUAAUAAUAACAAUUUCGCUAUCGGCGCUGCUUCUCCCGGCGGCAAUUUUAUCAAUGGAAGCUUCUCGAAGAUUAUAGGGUUUGGUGGCGAGGCUCAUCAUCAUCAUCAUCUUCUUCAGAUGAGCAGCAACAAUGGAGGCGGAGGCGGUGGUGGAAUGAUGAUGAGUAUGGGGAAGGCGGUCAAAGGAAUUGAUGGAAAUGUUCAGAGGCCCGCCGCCAUGGCUACCACUGAUCAUGAUCUCCAUGGGAUUAUUGAAUGGUAGACUUUUUUUUUCUUUUUCUUUUUUUUAAAUUUAUAUUUUAUGCAUACAUACCACACUGAUAUGGCAUUCUACCAUAAGAGAGAAGGCUAAUUCAGACGGGUCUUAAAUUCGAAUUUUAAUUUCAAUA